CUCGCUGAUCUCGGUUGCAAUUGGCUGCCGUUUCCUUGAUGGAAUUUGCGUGGAUUGCCCUCGCGACCCGCGCGGCACCGGUUGCAAAAGUAUUCUUUUUAUUGUUGCGCACAUAGUCAGUUCGACUUUGCAAUCCGCGAGCAUUGAGUGCCAGCAUCCAUUCCUUGGACUAUAUUAUAUCCACAAGAGGCAGGACUUAAUCGAAUAUGUCUGGCAGAUAUUCUUUGCGAGCAACACCUCGGAAAUCCGAGCUGUUUGACGGCAUGGUCGAAACGCCGGCACGUCGCCGUUCCUUGCGGCGCAAAGCUCAGUUUCCUGCAGUGGAUGGUACUUCGGACGAUGGUGAGUCGAGUUCCGCCGCCGAGACCAUCUCGACGACGCGGCCUGUACGCCGGCGAACGACCAGCAAGUUCAUCGAGAACAUUUCUGACGACGACACACCCGAGGCUGGGAAAUCCAGUCCCGUCCCGCAAGAUAAGCUCUCUAAUGUGCUGAACGGCAACGGCAAAGCCCAUAUGGCGACUCUGAAUGGUCAUAACAACGGGUAUACCAAUGGGCAUAUCGACGGACACGCCAACGGACACGCCAACGGAUAUGCCAAUGGACUGGCCAAUGAACAAGUCAAUGGGUAUGCUGCAAAGGGGCAUGCUAAAAAUGAAGUUGUCGAUGGCUGGAAACCAGGCAUGGAUCCGAAAGUCGACUACUCCGGUCACUUCGAGUUCGGUGGGAGUGCCGGUACAUUCUCCAUGAUGAUCUUGUUCCCUGCUCUCAUGUACUACAUGUGGAUCGGGGCGACCUACUACGAUGGCAAGUUUCCUCUGCCAACCGAAGGUCAGUCGCUACUGGACUUUGUGAAGCACAUGCUUCACUUGGCCUACACUGGUGCCUUCCCCCAUUUCAGGGCCUGGCAUAUUUACGGGACCUUCUACCUCUUUGAGGCUGCCUGUUAUGUCUUCAUGCCUGGUUUCAAGGCCUACGGAAAGCCUCUCCCUCAUGCAGGCGGCAAACAACUCGAGUACCACUGUUCGGCCUACACCAGUUUCUACUUCACCAUCCUCGUCAUGGCGGUUCUGCAUCUUACCGGCCUAUUUCCUAUUUACACCUUCCUGGACGAGUUCGGCCCCCUUAUGUCAGUCGCCAUAAUUUCCGGCUUUAUCUGCAGCUUUAUCGCCUACUUUUCAGCCCUCGCACGGGGAGCCGAACACAGGAUGACGGGUUAUCCCAUCUAUGAUUUCUUCAUGGGUGCCGAGCUCAACCCGCGCAUGUUUGGUAUUCUGGAUUUCAAGAUGUUUUAUGAGGUCCGCAUUCCCUGGUUCAUCCUUUUUGGCCUGAGCGUUGGCGCUGCUACGCGCCAGUACGAAAACUACGGUUAUGUCUCUGGUGAAGUCAUGUUCCUUUGUAUGGCACACUAUCUCUAUGCCAAUGCGUGCUCCAAAGGCGAGCACCUCAUCGUCACGACUUGGGACAUGUACUUUGAGAAGUGGGGUUUCAUGCUCAUCUUCUGGAACAUGGCCGGCGUCCCGCUCUCGUACUGUCACUGCACUUUGUACCUUGCCAAUCACCACCCAUCGGAAUACGCCUGGAACAAAUACGCGCUUGCCGCUCUCUUCGUUUCCUACCUGUUCGUAUACUGGGUCUGGGACACUACCAACGGCCAGAAGAACUCAUUCCGAAUGAUGGAGCGUGGGACCUUUGUGAAGCGAAGGACUUUCCCGCAACUGCCCUGGCAAGAGGUUCACAACCCCAAGGUCAUUGAAACAGAAUGUGGUGAUCGAAUCCUGGCAGAUGGGUGGUACGGCAAGGCACGGAAGAUCCACUACACUUGCGAUGCGUUUUUCGCAAUCAGUUGGGGGUUGAUUACGGGGUUCAGCAGCCCUUUCCCCUGGUUCUAUCCCGUGUUUUUCUGCGGCAUGAUCACGCAUCGUGCGGUAAGAGACAUUCAGCGAUGCAAGCAGAAGUACGGUGAUGCAUGGAAGGAGUAUGAGAGACAAGUUCCGUAUCUCUUUAUCCCAUAUGUGUUUUGAGGUCUGCCUAUAGAAAGACCAAUGUUUGGCCCCGUCCCUGCGAUGAACAUGGUCAAGUGGUGGAUGUGUCGCGUCAAAGCCUCCUAUCAAUGGAGCUUGUGGGUGGGUAUUGAAUACAACCCUUCUGUAUAUAACUUGAAAAUUACACCUUUAAUGGCCCAGUGCCUGAGUAACGAUGCAAGACGGUCGGUGGGAAGCCCAAUGGGUCCCCAAUGCGCCCAUAAUAAACAUAAUUAAUGAUAGAAUACAACACAU